AUGUCCGACGUGGGAUCCGACAGAAACAGCAGCGCGGUGAAGGCCGGGUCCAAUUGGCCCUGUGACGCAAUCAACGCCAUCUUGACGUACUUGUCCUCCACGCCAGGGAACGCCUCCUUCAGGUCCUUGACGGCCUGCUCGGACGCACUGAGCGGCCGUUUGGGCAUAGGUGGGGGCGCCGUGUCCUCGGCGGGGGUUUCUGUGGCCGGCUUGGCAACCGGUUCUGGCGUUUUCGAAGAAGUGUCGCUCAUUGAAUAA